GCGGACCGGACCGGAGCGCACCGGAGCGCCGCAAGCCCACUCUCCUCUGACCAUUUUCAGCUCCACCACUGUUGUGUGCGGCCCGGCGGCGGUGCGGGCGUCUCGGUGAGGACCUCAGCACGGCGUCGCCUCUCUUUUCUUUUUUAAUUUUCUGAAGGGAACCAGCCGCUGGGACCCACAGCGCAGGUUUGGAGGAUGAACCCCCAGUGCGCCCGCUGUGGCAAGAUCGUCUACCCGACAGAGAAAGUCAGCUGCCUGGACAAGAACUGGCAUAAAGGAUGUUUCCACUGCGAGGUUUGCAAGAUGACCCUGAACAUGAAAAAUUACAAAGGCUACGACAAGAAACCCUACUGCAACGCACAUUACCCCAAGACGUCGUUCACCAUCGUGGCUGACACUCCAGAGAACCUGAGACUGAGACAGCAGAGCGAGCUACAGAGCCAGGUGAAGUACAAGAAGGACUUUGAGGAGAGCAAAGGCCGAGGCUUCAACAUGGUGUCCGACACGCCAGAGAUGCAGAGACUCAGAAGGACCCAGGAGCAGAUCAGUAACGCCAAGUACCACGAGGACUUUGAGCGGGCGCGUGGGCGGGGCUCUGUGCCGGGAUUGGACGAUCCCAGCAUGGAGCGCUACCAGCGGGCCAAUCAGAUGAUGGGGGAGGCGGGGUAUAACAAAGGGAUCCACCCCCAGGUGGUGGAGAUGGACAGACGACCUGGAGGCAUCAUCGUAGCUCCAGUUCUUCCCGGGGCGUACCAGCAGGGCGUCCAGCAGCAGCAGCAGCAGUAUCACGGCUACAUGCAUCAGACCAGCAUGUCGUCGGUCAGAUCCGUCACCUCGCCGCCGCACUCGGCCUCCAUGCGAGUGUACCGCGCGCUGUACGACUACGCCGCGCAGGACCACGACGAGGUCUCCUUCCGGGACGGCGACGUCAUCAUCAACGCCCAGCCCAUCGACGAGGGCUGGAUGUUCGGCACCGUGCAGCGGACCGGCAAGUCGGGCAUGCUGCCGGCAAACUACGUGGAGUGUUACAACUAGAGAGGAGCGCCACCUGGGGGACGAGGGAAGAAUCCACCCUGAGACACUUUAACACUGAUUUAAAAAACAAACAAACAAACAAACAAAAAAAUGCUGUAGGUGAUGUGCUUCACGUUUC